GUCAAUAAUGGCCACCAACUUGAACCCGUUAGCUGGUCCAUCAGCCCUCAAGGACAUCGUACAUCCUCAGUUCCACCAGAACAACUUUGCCGAAGAACUGUAUAUCAAAAAUGAACUCGGUCUUAAGCUCGAUAAAGAUGAUCAAAUAUGUCGUUUGUCGUUGACCCCAACUGGAUGUCCAUUGGGACCAUUACACUGUCCUUUACGACAUACAACGCCCUCUUCACAGAACUUCCAGCCCCCAAAGCAGCUGCCAACCCAUCCCCGCGAGCGAGAACGUUUAGCUACAGUCUGUAAACAUUGGCUACGUGGUUUGUGUAAAAAGGGUGAUGCAUGCGAGUUCUUGCACGAGUACAAUCUCAGGCGCAUGCCAGAGUGUUGGUGGUAUGCAAAGUACGGUUAUUGCUCGGCAGGAGAUGAAUGCCUCUAUGCUCACCCCAAGGAACGCCGUGUUGAGUGCCCUGAUUACAAACGCGGGUUCUGCAAAUUAGGACCAACGUGCCCUCGCAAGCAUGUUCGCCGUGUCGCCUGUCAACUCUACCUAACUGGUUUGUGCCCCCUAGGUCCAGACUGCCCUCGUGGCCACCCAAAACCUAAUUUACCACCACCUAAAUCAUAUGAACCUCCGUCACCGCCAUCAAAUCGUGAUCUCGGCCCGCCGCCACCAGGAUAUGGUCGGUAUGCAGAUUUUGAUCGGGGAGCCAUGGGGGGUCCGCAGGCGAUGUCGCACAGUGGAGGACCGAACGGUAGUGGACCACCUCGUAGAAACCUCGACGAAGUGCUGUGUUUCAAGUGUGGAGAAAAGGGCCAUUAUGCUAAUCACUGCAGGAAUCGUAAUGUACCAGGCAAUCGUGGCGGUUUAGAUCGUGCCAAGAGGUUCGGUAUGGAGGAUUAAUGCCUUCUGCUAGACACUCAUUUUCCUCGUGUAUAUUGUAUGUAUUUCGAAUGUCGUUUGUGCGCCCUGAGAGACACCGCUGAGCGUGUGAGCGCUCAAUCGUGUGACAUAGUGU